AUGUUUUUAAGACCGAAAACCAUCACAACUUUAAGAUCUUUGUACUCUAGAGGGCCAUCAAUAGGUCUUCUUCGUACCUUUGCUUCAGAAGCUUCCUCCUCAUUCACUGAAACAUUCAAAUCUCAAAAAAAUGCUAAUGGCAACUAUCAAGUAACUCUUAUUCCAGGUGAUGGGAUUGGACCGGAAAUUUCUGCCUCAGUGCGCAAGAUAUAUAAAGCUGCCGGAGUUCCAAUUGAAUGGGAGGAAGUGAAUGUAACGCCGGUGAUAAAAGAUGGCAAAACUGCUAUUCCAGAUGAAGCUUUGCUAUCGAUAAAGAAAAAUACUGUAGCAUUAAAGGGACCUUUGGCUACUCCGAUUGGCAAGGGAUAUGUUUCUCUUAAUCUUACACUUCGUCGUGCAUUCAAUCUUUUUGCUAAUGUUCGACCAUGUAAAUCAGUGGUUGGAUAUAAAACACCUUAUGAUAAUGUAGAUACUGUACUAAUUCGUGAAAAUACUGAAGGUGAAUAUUCUGGAAUUGAACAUAUUAAGGCAUCUGAAAAAUGUGCACAUUAUGCAUUUACAUAUGCAAGAGAUUGUGGUCGUAAUAGUGUCACUGCUGUACAUAAAACAAAUAUCAUGAAAGCAUCUGAUGGGUUAUUCUUGGAAGCUUGUUAUGAUGUAGCCGUAAAUUAUCCUGAUGUUAAAUUUGAUGAAGUGAUAUUGGAUCGUGCAUGUCUUCAUAUUGUACAAGAUCCAUCGAGAUAUUCUGAUACAGUGAUGGUAAUGCCAAAUUUAUAUGGAGAUAUUAUAUCAGAUAUGUGUGCAGGCCUUAUUGGUGGAUUGGGAUUGACGCCUUCAGGAAAUAUUGGAAAAGAAGCUUCUGUAUUUGAAGCUGUACACGGAACAGCCCCGGAUAUCGCUGGAAAAGCUUUACUCCUUUCGUCAAUAAUGAUGCUUCGACAUAUGAGAUUAUAUGACCAUGCUACGAAUAUUGAGAAUGCAGUCUUGAAAACAAUUGCUGAUGGCAAAACUCUUACAAGAGAUUUACAUGGCAAUUCUACAAAUUCAGAAUUUACUAAUCAAAUUAUUAAUAAUUUAAGUUGA